AUGUUGGCCGAGGCGGAGGGCUUGCGCUUGCACUUGUCCAGCGCCGCCGCCACCGGCUACAAGGGCGUGCACAAGAUUGCUUCUGGCCGCUUUGGGGCGGAGCGCCACGCCGACGGAUACAAGUUCUGCCUCGGCUACUUCGACACGGCGGUGGAGGCGGCGGUGGCGUACGCGCGGGCGGUCGAAGAGGCGGCGGCGGCGGCGACAGCGGCGGCGGCGGCGACAGCAGGGGCGGUGGCGGCGGGCGCUGAGCCGGCGGGAGCCGAGCCGACGGGAGCUGAGCAGCAAACUCGCUCCUCCGACCGCGGCGCGCGCCCGGUCGUGCGCUUCGAGGCCGGCCCGGCGCCCUGGACGUCGUGCGUCGACCUCUCCUGGCUGGAGCUGCUGCCGCCUCGCCGCCUCAAGCCGCUCUGCGAUCAGAAGGGCCUGAGUGUGGGGUGGGACAGCUCGGAGGCGCUGGCGAAGCGGCUGCGCGCCAGCGGCGGCCUGAGCGGGGAGCAGCUCAAGGGGCUGUGCGAUGCUCCAGAGGUUGGAGUCCAAUCACACGGCUCCAAGGCGGAGAUCGCGCAGCGCAUCGGCGCCAAGCUGGCGGCGGCGGCGGCGGCGACGACAGGCGGCGCGAGCGGCGGCGCCGGCGCAGCCUCCGUCGCUGCCUCGUCACAUGCGCCGCGGGCGGAGGAGGAGGAGGCUCCGGUGGCAGAGGCGGAGGGCUUGCGCUUGCACUUGUCCAGCGCCGCCGCCACCGGCUACAAAGGCGUGUACAAAGACCACGCCCGCUUCCAGGCGCGGCACAAGGUGGGUGGAGGGGAGGAAUUCCUCGGCUCCUUCGGCACGGCGGUGGAGGCGGCGGUGGCGUACGCGCGGGCGGUCGAAGAGGCGGCGGCGAAGGCGACAGCGGCGGCGGCGGCGGCGACAGGGGCGGUGGCGGCGACAGCGGCGGCGGCGGCGCAGGAGGGGGGCGACGGCCGGCGCGAGAGGAGACCGUCGACGUUCUUCGAAGCUAAGUUCGGCGGCGGAGACGCGCGGGCGCAGCACCGCGGACAAGGCCGCGGUGUCGGGGCGGGCGGAGGCGCGGGAGAAGGUCGAGUGACCGCUGGCCAUGAGCAGGGCGAGGCUAGCGGCGGCAGCAACGUGGGGCUUGCGCCUGCACCCGUCGCCACGCCGCUCGAGGCGGAGGCGGUCGUGGCGGAGGCGGAGGGGCUGAAGCUGCACCUCUCGAGCAGCGGCAGCACCGGCUACAGAGGAGUGCGCGAGCAGUCCUCUGGCCGAUUCGAGGUGCGGCACAUGGCGAACGGGCGGCAGGUCGCCCUCGGCUGCUUCGCCACGGCGGUGGAGGCGGCGGUGGCGUACGCGCGGGCGGUCGGCGAGUACCAGCCUCCGCCUCCGACAGUGGCGACAGAGGCGGAGGGCUUGCGUUUGCACCUCUCGAGCAGCAGCAGCACCGGCUACGUGGGCGUCUACCGCCGGGACGGGCGCUUUCGGGUCAUCCUCACUCUGGACUCGAAGCAGCAAACCGUUGGCAACUUCGGCACCGCAGUGGAAGGGGCGGUGGCCUACGCCCGGGCGGUCGGCGGCGAGCAGGCGAGGGCAGGGCGGGCGGAGGCGGAGGCGAGGUCGGCGGCAGCUCACUCGGCCGACCCCGCCCGGCAUGGCCGGCGGAGCCUGGCGCAGGCGGGGAUCGAGGAGGCGGCGGGGUCGGCCGCUGCCGCCGUCGUUGCCUCGUCGCAUGCGCCGCGGGCGGAGGAGGAGGAGGCUCCGGUGGCAGAGGCGGAGGGCUUGCGCUUGCACUUGUCCAGCGCCGCCGGCACUGGCUACAAGGGCGUGCUCAAGCGGGCUUCUGGCCGCUUUGGGGCGGAGAUUAAAGCUUACGGAACCACGGUCUCCCUCGGCACCUUCGGCACGGCGGUGGAGGCGGCGGUGGCGUACGCGCGGGCGGUCGAAGAGGCGGCGGCGGCGGCGACCGCGGCGGCGGCGGCGACAGCAGGGGCGGUGGCGGCGGGCGCUGAGCCGGCGGGAGCUGAGCCGGCGGCAGCCGAGCAGCAAACUCGCUCCUCCAACCGCGGCGCGCGCUCGGUCGAGCGCUUUGAGGCCGGCCCGGCCAUCUGCGAGGGUUUCACGGUGGGAAGAUGGUCUUCUGCCGAAGAGUCGUCGCUCAAGGAGCUUGUGAGCGAGCUCGGAGAAAAGUCGUGGGCGACGGUGGCGGAGCGAAUGGGUACCGGACGGAGCAAGGCGGGCGUGGAGCAGCACUGGCAGAUCAUGACGGGCAAGCGCGGGCAGGGCCCGCGCUCGAAGCUCGCCUCGAAGGCGAGGCUCGAAGCGUGGCACAAGCGGCCGCUGGCGCCCCCCCCGCCGCAGGCAGCCCCGCCGCCGCAGCUAGGCACGCGGCCGGGCGUGGGCGCACCGGCCGCUGCAGCGGUCUCUUGCGGCGGCUGGGAGGGCCUCGUCGACGGCUGGUACACGCGGACAGAGGUGCGACACCGCCGGCAGAGGUACUGCACCGGACAGAGGUGCAGCACCGCCGGCAGUUGCUACACCUAUUUCUUCUCGCCUGCCGGGAAGCGCUUCCGCUCGCGCGUCGAGCCCGGGCCGGUCGCAGGGCUGGGCGGCGACGUGUUUCGGGUCGAGGCGCUGCUCGCGCGGCGGCACGUCUACGGAGAGGCCCAGUACUUGGUGCGCUGGGAGGACUACCCGCCCGAGCACGACAGCUGGGAGUGCGAGGACAACAUCUUCGACGAGAGCCUGAUCCGCGCCUUCAAUGCCGGCGCCGCGUCCUCGUCCAGCGGCGGCGCCUCCGAGUCGGCAGCAGGACCUCGGGCCGGCGUUUCUUUUUCUUCCUCCCGGCUGCCGGCCUACCUCUCCGCGCCUUCCCCUGGGCGGCCCCGCGCGGCGCCGAGUUUGCAGGGCGCUUUGACCGCGGCGGAGCUGCCGCGGUUUGUGCAGCUUGCCUCGGCGGAGGGGGCGCCGGGCGGCGGUGUGCCACCCCCCACUUGCCUUUGCGGUGCGCUGGCCGUGCUGCGCAAGCGGCGCUGGUGGUGUGCCGACGAGGACGGCGGCUGCAGCUUCGAGCUGUGGGCGUGCGGUCGCACCGACGACGGCACCGCGGGCAUGCAGCCGUUGUGCGAGUGUGGCAGGCCAGCGGUGUGGAUGGGCAGGAGGUGGUGGUGCGCGCGCGCCGAUGGCGGGUGCGACUUCGAGUGGUCUCCUCCGCCGCCAUCCGCGCCUCCAACGCUGGUGCCGCCCGAGGCGAUCGAACGGCAGAUGGCGCGUGACACCGCGGCGCUGCUCACGGCUGCCGCGCACGGCCCGCUCAACGCGUGGUCCUUCGUCGCACCAAGCGAUUUCGGGCUCGGGCUCUGGGCGCGGGCGCCCUCUCCGGCGGGGGCAGGCGCUCGGCUUGUACUCCGGGCCGCGGCUGCCGUGCAGCUUGCAGCGGCGCGGCACGCCGUGGUUGACGGUUUGGCGCGGCUGCAGAGCGCGGCGCGCGCAUCGCAGGGCGGCGAGGACGUCGAUGCGGCGUCGGCCGUCCUUGCUUGCUCAGUGGCGGACGAGACAGCGGCACCGCUCCCUUGGGGUGGCGAGCGAGGGGGCGACGCGCGCUUGCGGCUGCUUGUGCCGAGUCUAGCAAAGAAGCUGGCCGGGCUGCGAGCGCGCGUCGUGUCCUGCCAAUGGGGCAUCGUGGCGUCGCACUUGCCUGGACGCACCGGCGCCGAGUGCCGCGAGCGGUGGGCCGAGCUGCAUGCGGAGGCGGAGAUGGAGGAGAUGGAGGAGAUGGAGGCGGAGGAGAUGGAGGAGGCGGAGGCGGUCGAGGUGGAGGCGUUCGAGGUGAGUGAUGAGGAGGGGGCGCAGGUGGAGUCGGGAGCGGAGGCGAUGGAGGUGGAUGCUGAGGUGGUGGUCGCUGAGGGUGAGGAGGAGCAGGAGGAAGACGGCGUGGUAGAGGCCGCGGUGGAGGUGGAGGCGAGGUAUGCAUGGCUGUGA